AUGGAAGAUAUAAAAAUUAGUUAUGAAGAAAAGGAAAAAUUCCACAAAGCAUUUAGGCAGCAUGAGUUUCGAAUGCUAUUUGAUGAAUAUUUUGAUGAAAUAUCUGAUAAAAAAUACAGAAAAGAAAAAGAGGAUUAUUUGUUAAGUUUAUAUUUUAAGGGGGAAUUAAAAAAAGAUCAAAUUUUGAUUAAACCAAUUGAAGCAUUUUGUGUUAAAACAAAAAUUUUGUAUUCUAACCACACUAACCAAAGACUUUUUUUAAAUAUCUGCUCUCAUGAAGGUAUUCAUAGUAUUUCUUUUGGGGAUAUUUCCAGGGGGGAGGUGAACAUUCCUUACUCCCUUUCUCAAAUUAGGCCUGACAAACAAGGAAACAACGUGUGCUGCUUAACGAUAGAUUGUUGUGUUAACCCGUUAACGGUGAAUGUAACUAGAAACUACAAUGAAAUUUUAAAUUUUUUGCUGGAAGAUGUGUGUGUAAAUAUUGAAAAAAAUAUCAUGAAGGAUAAGGAAAAGAUUUGUCGAGAUUUUAAAGUUUUAAGUGAUAUGAAAUGUAAAGGUGAUAAGCCUUUUUUACUAUGUAUAAAUAAAAGUGUUAUUAAAAAAAAUAUAUUAAUAGAAGAAGAGAAGAAAUUGGAAAACAUGAAAAAAGAAUUCGAAGAAAAGAAUACAGCUAUAUCACCAAAUGAUGUGGACAAAAUUUUACAGAAAAGUAAAGUAGAGACAGAAAUAAGAAAGAAUGAAGAAAACGAACUUGACAAUUCAGAUAUGCAAGAAUUGAACACGAGAAGUAUUGAAGUAGGAAAGGUAGAAAUACAAAGGGAAAAAAAAAAAUAUUUUAUUUAUCAUCAAGGUACAAUGAAUACGUCUUCUUUCUUUAAAUUAAAAGAGAACAAACAAAUUUCUCUUAAUUUACCUAGUAAAAUAAAAGUUUUAAUAUGUACAGAUAAUUAUGUUAAGAAAAAUGAUAUAAAUAUAAGAAUCGAAAAGAAGAUACUUCAAGUGAAAUUUGAUAACUCAGAAGAGGAAGAUGUAAUUGUCCAUUUGCCAUAUCCUUGUAAUGGGAAAGACUAUGUGUGUGUUUUAAAAAAAGAUAAAAAGAAAAUAGAAAUAUAUUUAAAAUUGUGCGAAGAGUUUCUAAAGGAGUAUGCUGACAGCAUAUAUGAAAAGUAUUACCAUAAUAAGAGGGUUGAUGAUAGCAUUGACUCGUUGAACUACAUUGACGAUAUAGUGGAUAGUUACCAAAAAGGGAAAGACAAAGUAGAUGAAGAGGUGAAUGAGGGGGCAGAAGAAGAGGAUGAGAAGGAAGAGGCGAAUAGGAAGGUAAAAGAGGAGGAUGAAAAGGAAGAGGCGAAUAGGGGGGUAGAAGAAGAGGCUAGAAAGGAAGGGACGAAUAGGAAGGUAGAAGAAGAGGCGAAUAAGGGGGCAGAAAAAGAUGGAUUAACAAAAGAAGCUGAAGUUCAAGGAGGAAGCGAAGAAAUACAAAACAAUAAAAACCUUAACGAAGAAACGUCCAAAAGUUGUAGUUCUUCAAAAAUUAAAAAAAAUGAUAUGGAAUUUCCGCCUGUUGUGCCAGAAUAUAGUGAAAGUGUACCUAUACAAGAAUUAAUAAAAAAUAAAUCUGAAAAAAUGUUAGAUAGUUCUUUUAGUUUCAAUGAUAAGAAUAAUUUUUUAAAUUGUGACAUAUCAACGAAGCUAAAAUUUGGCUUUCUUGAUGAUUCCAAAUGCGCAGAGAUGAGUGAAAAAGGUGUAGAGGAAGACACAAGGGGCGGUAUAAGUCAAAGUUGCAAAAUUAGAGAUAUCGAUUUAGAAGGACUUAAAAAGGAAGACCUUAAUUGCACAAUAAAGAGAAAUAAUAAUAUGUUAAAUAAUGGAGGAAAUACUUUUCCUAAUGGUAUAAAGAUAGAGAUGGUAAAUGAUGAAGCCGAUUUAUUUAAUAACGAUCAAGUUGCUGAAAAGAGUUCAGCAUUGUCGCAUGAACAUGCAGAUAAAAAUAUAGGAAGUGAAUUUAACAAGCUGAGCAAACUUAGAAAAAAAAAAAGUCAGAUUUCAGGAUGUCCUUCUACUCUUAAUGAUAGUGAAUAUUUGAAAGAUAUUGAUAUGUAUGAACAUGCAGAAAAGGGAGUUAUCUUUUCUUGCAUGUUAUGGACUGCAUACAUAUAA